AUUGUUAUAUGUGCACACAAACAUACAUAUGCAUGAACAUACAUGCAUGUAUAUUUGUUUGUUGACGCUUUGCCGCGUCAAGCGGUGGCGGCAGCAUCACGCAGAGAAAAGUAGGCCGCGACGCGACCUGUUUACUGCCAGUGGUCCGGCCCGGCCCGGCCCGCCCCGGCCUGGUGCGGCCAUCCUCCCGUCAUGGCAGCUGCUGUGUUAAUUUUGCUUUACUUGCGCUUUAAUUAAUUUUCUAAAGUGUGUUUAUGUGCAUACGAUGAGUAUAAGUUCUCUGUGCCGUGGCACGUUCGCAAUUUCAACAUUACCGGACCGCACGAAUCUCCAACUAGUCCGUUAUUUAACAUUGUGAACCAAUUGCGGCACAGCCAACUUAACGUGUAUGCAGAUGCUGCCAGCCUUUCGAUCCUGUCGCGGCGUCUGCAUAGGGAUGCCAGAUCCUUCCACAUGGUCUAGCCAUGUCACUUUCCUUGCUGCUUUACGUGUUUAUUGCUAAAAUAUGAAUAGCAAAAUUGUAAACAAUCAAAUUGGUUCCGUAAUUAAUUCGCAUAAAGCGCCGCUUCCUUGGUUUCAUGCUGCGCUCGUCAUGCUGCAUGCAAACAUUGCGUUGCAUUUGCAUGCACAGCAGCAACUAAAAAAAAAACAAAAACAAUAACAAAAGAGUUAGCAACACAAAAAUCAAAUUAUAAACUAUUUCAAGUGCAUUACCAAGGCACUUGGCGUGAUGGGGCGUUCGUUUCAAUGGUUGAUUUAACGCCAUGAUUUGGCGCAAAAUCAAAGCGUCUAAUUUUAAGGCGCUUUGUGGUCAUUGACCACGCGGACCGUGACCGUAAAAAAGCUCAGUUUCGGCUAUGUCACUAAUUAUGAACUGUGUGUGUGUGUGUUUGUGUGUGUGUGUAUGUUUUUUAUUUUGUAGGGCCUCGUCCAAAGCAAUCCCAGGCAAUGGCGUCUUGCCAACAACAGCAGCAUCUCAGCCAGCCAAGGUUUUCCACAACACACGCUGUACGCGACACCACAAGCCCCAUCACAUCCACAGCAAUGGCGGCGGCGGCGUUGCAGUAGCAGCAACUGUGGCAUCCGUACCUGGAGCUGAUCAGCGAGAUGGGGAGCGGCACCAUCAGCACCAGGCACAGCAACAGCAACAGCACCACCUGCACCACAUGCACAGCCACAGUCAUAACCAUGCCCAUCAUGGUCUGCGCCGCAAGUCAGAGUCAGUGCUAUCCACCGACUCGGACAUACGCUUCACCCGCCGCAAGCUGGGUGAUAGCCAGAAGUGCGGAUGCGCUGUGAUAGCCGGCUUUCUUAUUGCCCUGCUGGUGGCCGGCGCCUUUGUUUAUAUAGGCUAUACAUACUUUCGGCCGGAGCCGCUGCCGGAUCGCGUGUUCCGUGGCAAGUUCAUGGUGCUUAACGAUAAAUGGAGCAUGGAGCUAGCCAAUCAGAACUCGCUACGUUUCCAGCACAAGGCACGUGACUAUCGGGAGCGCAUCAAUCUAACGUUACGUCGCUCGGACUUACGUGAGGCCUACGAGGGCAGCGAGAUUCUGGCUCUAGAUGGCAGCGAGGACAACAACAACAUUAUCGUGCACUUCAACAUGAUAUUCGAUCCGUAUGCGGGUCUGGUCAGCAGCGGGGAGUUGCUGGCGCUUUUCCAUGAAGAGCUAAGCGAUGCACAAAGUCGUCAUUUUGCCAACAUGACCGUGGAUGUGUCUAGUGUGAGCAUUAAGGAAACCACCGGCCAGAUCGAGGAGCCCAUCAUGUCCAGCUCACCGCUUGGUGGCCAUGAUGAGACCACCGAGCCGACCACCACAACACCACGCCCACUGCCGCGCCGAUGCGAGCCACUGCAGCUGAACUAUUGUCGCAAUGUCGGCUAUAAUGUGACCACCUAUCCGAAUAUGCUGGGUCACGCGACCUAUGAGCAGGUGGUCGAGGAUGUCAUUGUAUUCCGCGAGCUCGUCGACGGCGAGUGUUUCCGUGAGGCCUACGACUUUGUCUGCCGGCUACUGCAGCCACCCUGCGAGACGCACGGCAUCAGCCAGGAGCCGACGCCCGGCGCCAUCUGUCGCGAGUAUUGUGAGGCGUUCAUGGCCGGCUGUGGUGGCAGGUUGCCGGCACGCUUCCGGCAGCAUUUUGAUUGUGAACGCUUCCCGGAGUCGACGGGCACACAGUCGUGCCAGCAGAAGCCCCACUGUGUUGGCGACAUGCAGAGCAAUGUGCAGAGUCCGCGCUUAUGCGAUGGCUACGCCGACUGUCCGGAUCUGUCCGAUGAACGCAGCUGCGCCUUUUGCGCCGCCAAUGCGCUCUACUGUGGACGCGGGCGCGCCUGUGUGCCGCGCAAGGCGCGAUGCGAUGGCAAGGCCGACUGUCCGGAUGGCGCUGACGAGAAGGAUUGCCUUUCUAUCGCUCCAUUGGCCGCGGAUCUACUGAAACCCGAGCCCUUGGUUCCGUAUUUGCCGCGCUUCCAUGCCGCCGGCUACGCUGUCUUCUCCGAGAAAGGCGUGGUGGGCAAACUGUGCGCUGAGGGCCUAGAGGGUGACGCCAAACUGGUGGUCCGCCAGACCGUCUCGGAAUCCCUAUGCAAAUCGCUGGGUUAUGAAUCUGUGGAAAUCUUUGAUGUACAAAAUGAUACGGAACAACUGUCGGACUAUGUGCGCGUAUUAGAUCCGCAUGCGCCGGAGAUCAGUUUCAUACGCACCCACUGCCCCAAGAGACAGGUGCUCUACGUAGGCUGUGGCGAUCUGCGUUGCGGGGUGCAGUCGGCGCUGCCCAAUGCCAAGCAGCAUCUGUCGCUGCCCAAGAUGUCAGCUCCGGGCGAUUGGCCGUGGCUGGUGGCACUGUUCCGCGAGGACAUACACGUCUGCGAUGGAACGCUUAUAUCACCGGACUGGGUGCUGACCACAGAGGGCUGCUUCCAGGGCCAGCCAAGAGCCACCUGGAUGGCAAUAGUGGGUGCAGUUCGUUUGUCAGCGAAGGCGCCGUGGACACAACGACGCCGUAUCAUUGGUAUGAUCAAAAGCCCUGUUGAGGGCUCCACAGCGGCACUGGUCCGCUUGGAGACGCCGGUCAGCUUCUCGGAUCACGUGCGCCCCAUUUGCCUGCCGGACGCACUGCAGCGCCAACAGCAGCAAACGCCCAUACAACGGCGCGCCUACGUACCAGUCGCUGAGCGAUUAGAAGCUCCGCCUGCCCAGCAUACCCAGCGCCGGCUGGCCCAGGAAACUCAGCAGUUCUUCCUUAUACCCUCACAACACGAACAACAGGAGGGCUCAGGUGCCAGCGCCGAUGACCAUGAAGACGGUGUUGGCUACGACUACCUGAGGGCUGAGUCUGCUGCAUCCCAAAUGCCGCGUGCCGAGGCACUGCAGCAGGUACCGGAUGGCGUGGAGCACCCCCAGCUUAACGCCUAUCCGCUGCCCGACAGUGCCCCGCAAGUCAACUACUAUGGCGCAUCCUCCUCUACACAGGCGGCCAAGACCACCAAGCCACCCAGCACACCAGAACAGAUCUGGACGAACUGCAACACGCUCGGCUGGUCCCGGCAGCGCGAUCAUCUGCAGCGCGUGCAGCUUAAAAUUGGUGAUAUGGCGCCCUGCGAGAAUAUCUCCAUAACGACGGUCAACUCCAUGUGCAUGGAGGCAACCUACCAGAAAUACGACUGCUCGCAAGAGGAAUACUCUGGCGCGCCCGUGCAAUGCCUCAUACCGGGCACUAAUCAAUGGGCCCUAAUUGGCGUCUCAUCCUGGCGGAUUGCCUGUGGACCGACGGGCGUCGAGCGGCCACGCAUGUACGAUAAGAUUGCAUCCAAUGCGGAUUGGAUACGGGAGACGGUGAACGCGGUAUAGCCUGUAGCCUGUAUCCUGUAGCCGCCAGCGGUACAUUUAUUACUCUGGCUUCCUGUAAAAACUAACGUGUAUUAUGUAAAAAGCUAGAAGAAGCAACCUUAAUCGUAAUUUACUGCAUGUUUUAACCUAAUAUUAUUAUGUAUUAUUAUAACCAUUUCGUAUACCCUGAACCCAUUACAAAUGGGUAAUAUAU